GGCAGUCAGCAACGAACUGCCUUUGCUCUCACCUUCCCUCUCGUCUCGUCCGGUUGAAUCGAAACAUCAGGUGAAAGAAGCACAUGAAUCAAGCGUGUUUUAUUUUUUCUCUCCAAUGGUUAUAUAUGAAGAGAAUGCUGUGGAAUGCUGCCAUUUGGGUUCCGGGCAAACAAGCUGCCCUACUGUCACCCAGCAGCAGCGCAUGAGAGAGGCUCGAGGACGGACUCCUCCCCACCUACCCGUGACACUUUCAAGACAGCGCUGAGAAAGGAUAGCAGCCUUUUUCGGCCAGUCUGCGAACAGAGCAGUGAGACAGCGUUACGUAUAAACGACUUCACUGCAGCCGGGGGUUGCCUAUGUGGCUUUCUAAAGUUCCACCUCUGAAAACGUUGACAUCUGACGGACUCGAGCUAAAGCGCGAGAUUGCUUCUUUUCGUUUCUCAUUAUUGGACUUGGACCUACCCUCUGCGCUGUUGAUUCCCAGCGAACAGUCCUGACACGAAUCCAGCUCAGCGCAUGCCAUGACCUUACAGAGCCUGCUGUAUUAGAUGGUCAUUCUAAUCAACGUUUUAUACAUCUGACUGCAUGUAUUGAUAUCCCUUUUUGUACAUUUGUGUGAAAAGUGUCUGCCCUAGGAGUGAUUUUUACUUAUCCUGGAGCCGUCAAAGCUGACGUCCCAUGAACACAUAAAACUGAACCCGGACACUGAACCUGAGCGAGAUGCACUACACACAGUGACACUUGCACUACACACAGUGACACUUGCAUCAAAGCCCUUCGCACAUAGUGGUGUAGGAGACAGCGAUUUUCUGUUGUAUUUAAUUGUCCUGCCUUUUUCUGUCAUCCAUAAACUGCGACAGAGGAAAGCAAAGGCACACACAUGUAAACGAAAGAAGGCAUCUCUCCAGCUGAAGUGUACCGAGAACUGACAGAUCGUGCAGUCACCCCACAUCGAAGAGGAAUACGUGCCGAACUUUGCUGUUGUAAUGUUGAAAGUGGAGAUGGUGCUAUUUGUCUUUCUGGUGCUAUGGAUGUGUGUAUUCAGCCAGGAGCCCAGCUCCAAGGUGGUGGCCGACCGGUAUGCCGUUUUCUGGAACCGAACCAACCCCAGGUUCCAUCGUGGAGACUACCACAUUGACGUGUGUAUAAACGACUACCUGGAUGUGUUCUGUCCCCACUAUGAAGACAUGGUGCCGGAGGAGCUGAUGGAGCGCUAUGUCCUCUACAUGGUCAACUACGACGGCUACAGUACGUGUGACCACACAGCCAAGGGCUUUAAACGCUGGGAGUGUAACAGGCCUCACUCCCCCAACGGACCACUCAAGUUCUCAGAGAAGUUCCAGCUCUUCACCCCCUUCUCUCUGGGCUUCGAGUUCAGACCGGGCAGAGAGUACUACUACAUCUCCUCCACCAUCGCCGAGAAUGGACGAAGAACAUGCCUGAAACUCAAAGUCUUUGUCCGACCAUCAAACAGCUGUGUGAAAACUAUAGGUGUACAUGACCGUGUUUUUGACGUAAACGACAAAGUAGACAAUUCAUUAGAACCCCGAGAUGAUACAAGUCAUGAGUCUGCCGAACCGUCCAGGAGUGACGCCACAAGCGCAGCCUCACACUUGCGGAUAGCCAGUCCACUGCUGGCUGCACUGCUAAUCUGCUUAGCAACACUCUUCACCUUAUAGCGCCUCCCCCUGUCCUGGAAGGGAAUUACACCCUGCGCGUCCUGAAUCUACCCAAUGAUGAGGCUGGGGCUAGGGUGGGAGAAUGGGCGGGUGUGGGGGGGGUAUUGAGACUGGGCUUCUUAAGGAACACUAUUUUUUCCAGAUAUUUAAGUGGUCUUUCUCCGUCAGUGAGUUUGAAAAAGUUGAUGUUGGAUGUGGAAGAAACUGUUUCCCCCUUAAAACUGUCAACUAAGAUGCCAAAUCUCUAUUUUUUGACACUUAGUGAUUCUUGUUUUCCCUUCUGACAUCCCUUUACGUCAUGCCGAUUCAUUGUACCACUCACAUACACACAUAUACAGGUACACACACCUAAACACACUUUUACACGGACAGUUUUUCAAUAGCUCUUUGGUAGGUUGUAAAGCAGCAAUACACAGCAGGUCAUGGUUGUUUUAGCUCUUAUCUAGAAAAAAGGAACAGAGAUGAGUAGUACUCACACCUCUCUCCUAGUCUUUAGACUCAUCUCUUUCAGCAUCAGGUGGAUAAAGAGUCUGGGUCUUUGUUAGGUGUUACAGAUAGUGGAACACCAUGGAGUUAUCAGUUGAGAUACAGUGUAGAACAUGUUUAGUAGGAGAGAAGAGGGCAUGAGUGAGCUGAGUUGGUUGAAGUAUUAAGUUCCCUGGCCUCUUUGAUUAAGGUAUGCUGUCAUGUACCCUCUUUGUGUGUAGAGAGAAUGGUUGGAGACUUUUGGCACGACACAAAGAAAAGACAAAUAAAAACAUUUAGUCCGUUGGGUGGAUAAAAGUUCAAAUAUUUGGAAGAUGACUCAAUUUAUGAGGGGCAGACAGGCAGGUAACUUUGGGCUUUAUUCACUGACUUAAUUAAUAUAUAAUUGCUCUUUCGUGUCGGGCAAUGCUUUGUGAGUGAUAACAAUCUGAACCCUCACUGAUGGCACUUUUGAUUCAGUUUGUUAUAAAACCUUUUCACUGAGUUUUACCUGACAUACUCAGCCUUCUCUUGCUGAUAUUUUAAAUGCCAUCUAUGAUUAUGGCAAAGACGUUUAUCUAUCAAAGUGGGGGAAGAUUUGUGUUGUUCAAAGGUUAUGUCAACAGUUUAGAGAAGAAAGCUCCUCUACCUCUGUGAAAGCUACCAACAUUUGAAGAGGCUGCCUCUCUCACCAUGUUACAAAACAGCCCUUUUUGAAUAUGAAAUAAUACCACUUCCCUACAAGGCAAAUUUAGAUUUUUCUUACAAUUGCUUAUCAUUAGUUCACUUAGACGUGCUGUAGAGCUUGGCAUAUGGAAUCUUCCCUCAGCAUAGCUUUCUACCAUACCCAGUAAGGAGGCACCGCCAUCUAGGAAACAGUGUUGCUUUACUUUACCACUCAUGUAUAACCACAACUUCAACUAUAACCUCGGAUUCAAAUGCUGUAGCUCCAUUAUAACAGGCUGCCUAUUCCCCAUUCAUUUUACUACCGCAUAAUUCAAUCUCAUCAUAAUCAACUCACAAUGAUUAUGUUAAUAGAGAAAAUCUCCUUUAACAUCGAGGCGGAGCGCAGAGUAGUUUAGUUUGGCCAUGUUUUGUAUAGGCCCCCAUUUAUACAUUGUACUGCUGUAUAAUGACAUUCAACUUCCUUAGACUCACAAAGGAUCAGAUGGUAGAUUAACAUAGCUGGAGCGAUUUGUAAAUGGAAAUGCUGUUAUUCUGUUCUAACCCGGAGUAGGAUGGACAGAUACAUUAAUUAGGUGUGUUGAUACAGGUCUGCUUUCACACAGAGACAGACAGACAGACAGACAGACAGACAGACAGACAGACAGACAGACAGACAGACAGACAGACAGACAGACAGACAGACAGACAGACAGACAGACAGACAGACAGACAGACAGACAGACAGACAGACAGACAGACAGACAGACAGACAGACAGACAGACAGUUGAGAGGUUGCAUGCCUAGUUAACGGUCCUACUGUGACUCUUUAAUGAGGUUCAAAAUGACAGGCAUGCAGACCUCAUGUUUUGGAGUUCGGGGAGUUAUUUCAGCUGUUAAAAAUAGAUGGUGGAAGGCCUGGGGGUUUUAAAGCGUCAGUGACCUUGCAGUUAUAGAGGGCUGGAGAGUGAAGGAGAUAGGGGAGAGAGAGAGAAAGAAAGAGUGAAAGAGAUUGAAAGAAAGAAGUGUAGGAGGAAGGAAGUUGCAUAUAUGACUGGAGUGCCUAACAAAAAAUACCCAAUGCAACCUUUUUAAAAACACUAGCUAAAAAUGGAAUACACACCCAAAGGCAUCUUUUUUGUUUUGUUUUGAUAUAUUUUUUGUUGUUGCUUUUUCGCAGCUGCCUUCUACAGUAUAUUCUUCUGCUGAAGGGUUGUGUGUGCUGUCGGCCAUAUUUGUUUUCGUACUAUGGUAACAAUGCUAUUACUGUAGAAUAGCAGCUCAGCUUUCGGGGUUAACAAGAGAGGACGCCAUAUAAAGGGCACUAAUUUUCACCAGAACACCAUAGGGGAUGGGUGCCAUGUUCAAUCCCAGACUGUCAUCGACAUAACGUUAUAGCCAACACUUUUUGGGGAAGUCCAGCUUCAAUUCUAUUUUAUUAUAAUUACCCGUACUGCUCUUUAUCAUUAUUGCUACUAUUAUUACCAUGGUUUAUUCUGUACACACGUUAACUUGGGAAAUAAGGAUCAACUUGUUAGCUGGAUACCGUGUAUCCUGAGGUAGUCAACCAUAUAACAUGUAGUGUUAGAUUAGUUACUGUUUUUGUACCUUUCUGGUGGACAAAGGAAAAAUUAGACACUUCAUUGUUAAAAACGGUAUUAUUGUUAUUAUUGUUAUGAUGACGAUGAUGAUGAUGAUAUUUAUUAUUAGCAAAAACUUGAUGUAAAUAGUGUUUGAUAUUAAAGUAUUAAUUUCAUUCGUA